GAGGUAUACACAGAAAGCUAGCGAUGCUGCAGUUAGCGAACCUGCUGCUUCUCUCUCUGCUGGCUGUCAGAGGCAAGGAAUCCGUGUGUCGAACAUACGGCACUAAAGAACUCUCUCAGUUUUCAAAGGAAGGGGACAUCAACAUAGGAGGCAUUUUCUCCUUCCAUCAGAAUCCAGUCAGUGUCAACCCGUCUUUCCAGGUUGACCCGGGAAGCGUGCAAUGUAAUGGACUGGAUCCAGGUGAACUACAAUAUGCAUACACCAUGAUGUUUGCUAUAGAGGAGAUCAACAACAGCUCUGAGCUGCUUCCAGGGAUAACACUGGGCUAUAGCAUCUUUGACUCUUGCCCAAGCAUCCCUCUCUCUGUCAGAGCCUCUCUCAACUUAAUGAACGGAUGGAAUGGUAUGGAAGGGGAAGGCAGCUGCAAGAAGCUAACCGUUCAGGCAGUCAUUGGAGAAACCACCUCCACCUCCACUAUAGGUAUAGCGAGCACCAUGGGGGCCUUCCAUAUACCUGUGAUAAGUCAUUCAGCCACCUGUGCAUGCCUUAGCAACAGAAAAGAAUAUGAGUCCUUCUUCAGAACUAUCCCCAGUGACCUUUACCAGAGCCAAGCACUGGCAAAGCUUGUGAAGCACUUCGGUUGGACCUGGGUAGGGGCGAUCCGAACAAACAGCGACUAUGGGAAUGGUGGAAUGGCUACCUUCCUGAAGGCAGCUAAAAAGGAAGGUGUAUGUGUCGAGUACUCAUUGCCCAUUUACAGAACUGACCCAAGGAAGUGGUUCCUGAAGGUGGUAGACAUCAUCAAAAAGUCGUCCUCUAAGGUUAUAGUUGCAUUUGCUGAUGGCACUGAUCUAGACAUCCUCAUUAAAGAGCUGUACCUCCAGAAUGUGACCGGACUUCAGUGGGUGGGCAGUGAGGGCUGGAUAACAUACCGUUACAUUGCUUCCCCAGUGAACUAUGCUGUGGUGCAGGGUGCUGUUGGUUUUGCUGCACACAAUGCUCAUGUCCCUGGACUACAGGAGUUCCUGGUCAAUAGCAGGCCAUCUACACAGCCAUAUGACCAGGGGCUGGUGGAGCUGUGGGAGAAUGUGUUCAGCUGCACACUCAUUCCUGGGGCCGAAGCUCCGGCCCAGGAUUUAGUCACAUCCUGCAGCGGGAAGGAGUCUCUGCGGGAGACACAAUCCCGCUUCACAGAUGUAUCCGAUGCUAGUCUGCUGAAUAAUAUCUACAAGGCCACAUAUGCUGUAGCCCAUGCAUUGCACCAGUUGCUCACCUGCCAAGAUGCAAAGGGUCCCUUUGAGAACAACUCAUGUGCAGACAGGGGCAACAUAGAACCAUGGCAGGUGCUGCAUUACCUGACGCAGGUGAACUUCACCACUAAGAUCGGUGAGACUGUGUCUUUUGAUGACAUGGGAGACCCAGCGGCCCGCUACGCCCUGGUGAACUGGCAGAUGGAUGAAUCCAGCUACAUCCGAUUUGAAACAAUUGGCGACUACGAUGCCUCGCAAGCUGAGGGCCAGCAGUUUAAAAUGAAGCCAGCUGUCAGCGCUGUCUGGGCUGGUCAACAGACACAGGUUCCCCGAUCUAUAUGCAGUGAGAGCUGUCUACCAGGGACUCGGAGGGCUUUCGUCAAGGGAAAAGCUAUCUGCUGUUUUGAUUGCAUCCCCUGUGCUGACGGGGAGUUCAGCAACAGCACAAGUGAGACAGCAGGAUUCCUUGCCUUUUCCUUAGCCUUCAUCAUGUUUCUGUUGGGCCGAAUCCCUGCAAGCACUGUACUGGUGUCUCUGAGGUUGUCUCUACUGUGCAGCUUAAAUAUAUCUAUGCUUUCAGAUGCAGUGAAAUGUGACAAAUGCCCUCCUGAGUACAAGUCCAACACGAAGAGAAAUAACUGUGAUUUGAAAGCUAUUGAGUUUCUAACCUUCAGAGAACUCAUGGGUAUUUUAUUAGUAACAUUUUCUGUGUUUGGAGCCUGUUUGUCUAUAACCAUAGCACUGAUAUUUUACCACUACCGACUGACUCCAAUAGUCAGGGCAAACAACUCUGAGCUGAGCUUCCUGCUGCUCUUCUCCUUGACUCUGUGUUUCCUGUGUUCUCUGACCUUCAUCGUCCGUCCCUCAGACUGGUCCUGUAUGCUUCGCCACACAGCUUUUGGGAUCACCUUUGUCCUCUGUAUCUCUUGUGUUCUGGGGAAAACUAUAGUGGUGCUAAUGGCCUUCAGGGCUACAUUACCCGGUAGUAAUGUUAUGAAAUGGUUUGGUCCAACUCAGCAGAGACUCAGUGUAUUGGCUUUCACUCUCAUACAGGUUUUGAUUUGUAUUCUUUGGUUAACAAUUAAUCCUCCAUAUCCCAUUAAGAAUAUGGAAACCUAUAUGGAUAAGAUCAUACUAGAAUGUGCCCUAGGAUCCCCUAUAGGGUUCUGGGCUGUGUUGGGGUAUAUAGGACUCCUAGCUAUGUUAUGUUUCAUACUGGCUUUUCUGGCCAGAAAGCUGCCUGAUAACUUCAAUGAGGCCAAAUUUAUCACCUUCAGCAUGGUGAUAUUCUGUGCAGUCUGGAUCACCUUCAUCCCUGCUUAUGUCAGUUCUCCUGGGAAGUUCACUGUAGCUGUGGAGAUAUUUGCAAUUCUAGCUUCAAGCUAUGGGUUGUUAUUUUGUAUUUUUCUUCCCAAGUGCUACAUUAUAUUGCUUACACCAGAGAAAAAUACAAAGAAACAUUUGAUGGGCCAGAUAACACCAAGAACAUUAUAGAUGACAUUGCAUUAUAUAUACACACACUGUAUUCAACAACAUUGGAAAUGUGGUUUUCUUUGAAGUUGAUGUACAUAAAUAUAUAUCAUAUAUAAUAACUACUGUAAUUAAAGUAUGACCACAUUUCACAUGCAAACUAUAUAACUAUCUAUAAAAGUCAUGGCAACAUAACGAAUCUCCUUUCACCAAGCCAUGAAUGAUGUUACUAGUAAAAAUGUAAAAUUAAGUUAUGGGCCACUGUGUUUUUAUGCUUGCAAUGAUAGUAAUGUGCAAAAAAUAUUAUUGAAGAAAGGAUAUAUUAUCAGUGUACAUUAUUAAUACAAUUUACAUUAUCUUGAUGUCAUAUUU